UAAUCCAUGGUUAUUGAAACUCUUCGAAAAGAAGCUUAACUGUUCUACAAAAAAUGUAGUUGGUAAAAGACAAUGCAGAAUGAACGAGAAGUUUGAUCGUAAUUUCCUAAAAACUUCAGUACGAUGGAGUCGACUUAUCAAUGUGGUAAACAGCAUCUUAGCCAUAGAAAACGGACUUGAUAAUCUAUUGAAAUGCAAUGGCAAACUACCAGGAGGACAGUGCCCCAACACAAGUUUUCCAUUAAAUGCUGAGGAUGUGUACACAUAUACAAAUGUUUCAUUUAAAGGUGCUUUAGGUAAGCAAGUGUCUUUUGAUGAACAUGGGGACUUGGAGACGAAAAACUAUACUUUUCGUAAUUUGCAAUGGAAUCGCCUUAAUGACACCAUAGAGUCUCGAACAGUUGCAGAAUGGUCAUCCCUUCAGCCAGAUAGUCCUAAAUUCAUUCAUGGCAAAAACGAUCUUGGUCUUACAUGGAACAAAGGUAAAGUCCCUUAUGCAACCUGCAGUAUUCCAUGUAAACCUGGAGAAAAACAGGUGGGUGAAAGUGAUUGUUGCUGGGCAUGUUAUCCUUGUCCUAAAGGUGAGGUAAGCAACGUUACAGGAGUAAACACAUGUCAUAAAUGUCCAUGGGGAUGGUAUGCUAACAAGGCUAAAACACAAUGUCUCAAGACUGAAGUGGACUAUAUUGACUCUGGUGAUGCAUUUGCAAUUGUUACUAUAUGCAUAGCAUCUAUUGCUAUUGUUGCCAUUUUAAUGGUUGUGGCAAAGUUUUAUUUCGUCAGAGACACUCCGUUGAUUCAAGACUCAAAUCCACUCCUCUUAGGUUGUUUGAUAACUGCGGUAAUCCUGGCUUUCAUGUAUUCUUUGUUUCAAGUUACAUUGUAUCGUACAGACGCAUCAUGUCGAUUCUUGAGUGCAAUGCUUUUGGUGACACAGCUGCUAGCAGCAAGCACAUUAUUGGCUAAAACCAAGACAUGUGACCAGCAUCUCAGGAAGCUAGCUUCACAUUAUUUUGAGCCAGCCGCCCAGUUCUGCUCUAUAAUAUUUGUCGCAGCUGUGAUGCUGUUUGAGCUUUUUAUCAUUGGAAUUUGGUUCAUAACGGAUUCACCAGUGUUUGAAUUAACAGUAAGUUCGAUUGAGCUACACAUCCGAGAAUGCAGUUCGACCUGGGCAGCGGCAAGAUUUAUUGCCACUGGCUUCCCACUACUCAUACUAUUUCUUGCAACAGUUUUCUCGUUUAAAGAACGCGAUGAUCGAAAAUCACAGCGAAGCAAAGUAUAUAAGUUUUGUACAAUUUCUCUGUGCAUACUGCUCAUUGCAUUCUUUCCUACACAUCGUUUCGCCCAAGGCCUUACACAGAGUAUUCGUCUGCAUAAUCUACCGAAGGUGUACAUUUUGCUUGUAAAACCUCACCGUAACGUACCUGAGGAAGAACAGGAACGCACUCGUAGUCAUAAUACCACAAGUUCGGCACACACAGCAAACGGAAGUCAACAUCGCUCUGUUUUCUCAGAGGGUGACGACAAGUUUCAACCGACCAAUGACAAUGAAAAGCGUGUUGUGAAAGACAUUACCCUUUCGUAAUGCGGUCAACAUCAUUUCUGAUAAUGCCUUGUUUUAGAAACAUUUUCUUAGAAAGUUAAUUUCGUGUAGUGAAAGUCAUUUAAACGUCAAAAUGUAGAGUUUACUUGUAAUUGAUGAUCAAUAAAAGUUAAGAAACAAUUGUUAA